AGAAAAAGAGCUGACUGUGUCAAUUGAAAAGGUUGGUCUAGUUAUUUCACCUAAAUUUGCCACCGUUAUUCCACAAUGCAUGCAUUGUUGCUUGUUUGAAUUCUAUAGGCCCCAGGGACAAUUGUGUCGCUGAACUGCCACUAUUUAUGCAGCUUUGCCAUUGUCAACAGUGCAAAAUACCUCGGGGGGCCAGCAUGUUCCUGCUGCCUCUGAGCGCUAGGCCUCAUGUAAUUUAUAUAUUCUCUUGUCUGCUGUGGAGUGACUUUUAACUUGUUGGGUUUAGUGGGAGAUGGAUAGCUUGAAAAGUGAAUCAUCCAUUCUUGGAGAUGGAUUCACAUGGAGUACUUGAGUGUACAGCCGAGGCCUUGUGUCUGGAGGUCAGGCCUUUGCAGAGGGUCCGUGAUGUCAGACAAGCCCACAGGAAGGCCCUUAGCCUGGAUUAUACAGAUGCUCGUCGAGAGGCUAGAGGCGAAGAAUCCCCAGGGAGAAAUUAUGAUCCGUUUUUUCCAGAGGAUAUGCUAAGGUCCAGCCACCAGGCUUCCUCCUCCCCGCGCCGUAGGACAAGCUCCUCUGCUCAGUCUUCUCGUGACAGGACAAGUAUGUUCUCUAGGAUGGUUGGGCUAGAACCUGUUGAGUCGAAUAUUAUUAGAGACUCUCAGAUCUCCCCCGAGGAUCAGGAAGCAGGCAGCUCUUUCAACUGCAGAGCUCCUCUGAUGUCUGUCAGCAGCUCGGAGGAGGAACAUGAGGUUGGAGAACAGACUGGCAGAGCUACAGCAGAGCUCAGCGUGGCUUCAUCUCUGCUUACACCCACUCCCACCAGAGAGCGCAGGCUUAGUAAGAGAGAAAAAAAACGACUAAAGAGCCUGAGGAGAAGACAGAAGAGGAGAGAACGAUGCAGACAGCUGCAAGAGAAUUUGCAGAGCUCUACAGGGAACCCAUCUAGCAGCAGUGAGGAUGAAGCGUUACCAGGGCCGGAUCGUGAAGGCUACAUCUGUGCUGUGUGUCUGGAUGUCUACUUCAGUCCAUACAUGUGCCACCCCUGCAGCCACAUCUUCUGUGAACCUUGUCUGCGGACGCUGGCCAAAAACUGCCCCACCAACACACCCUGUCCUUUGUGCAGAACCACCAUUACACAUGUUUUCUUCCAGAAAGAUCUAAACCAUACAGCACGUACAUUCUUCCCGAAGGAAUACCUGUCUCGAAAGCAGACCUUUCAGAAAGCAAGCUGCGCGAAAUGGCCCCUUCCGAGCUGUCGUAAAAUGUUUCGAAUGUUUGGAGGCUUUCAAAGACAGCCAAGUCCAACUGGCAGGCAGCAGUUCCCUCGCGGCGGAUACAGGCUUGAUGCCUUUAACUUUGAGGAUGAUUCGCAUGGCUGGCGAUUUGACAUGGACAUGGUGAUCAUCUAUAUAUACUCUGUCAACUGGGUCAUUGGCUUCAUUAUCUUCUGCUGCUUCUGUUAUUUCUUCUUCUCUUCAUUUUAAAAAGAGGUGCAUGAAAGCUGUCUGCAGGGUACAGUAAGAUAUUUCAUAUCAGUACAGAAGACAGGCAAGUAGGCCUACAUUGGACUAUCAGUGACAGGAAGAAAUGCAUCCAUCCAAUUGAAAUUUAAGAAUAUGAUCAUAAAUGAAUGUAAAAUAUAAUGAGUUUGGGUUUGGGGUUUGCCUGAUAUGUUGCCAGAGCUUUGACUAACCCUUAAGCACACUUAUUUCAUAAGUUUACAGUGGCCCUAAAAUGUAUUUGGGUAAGUACU